GCUACCACACACUGCCUACCACUGCAACCCACCUGCACUCAUUGCAUUCAGGUUUGUUCACUGCCCAUCCACUGCCUUUUAGGCAGCGUUACCUGCCUAUGCACCUAUCUACCCACCCACUAAAACUACCUAGGUACCUACUUUUCUCCCUUAGCCUGGACCGACUAGACCAGCCAUCCAACCAACCUAUUCCCAGUCUCCCGUGGCGCCAGGACAACUUCAUCAUCAUCACCACCCUCUCCUCCGAUCAUCCCAUCGACUCUGUCUCAGUCUAUCGACCGUACCAUAUCCUCCUCCUCCUCCUCCUCCUCCUCCUCUGCGACUUCGCCUGUGCCAACUCCGUGUAUCUAGAAAGCCAUACUAACUUCCCACCAUCGCUUCCACACCCGGUUGGGCCCAUCUGCCCUGCGAGUAGGUUCAUUUCCAACUCGAUUCAUCCCGCAGCCUGCAUCGUCAUCACCACCAAGCCUCAACCACCAAACACCCAUCUAAACAUCGUCCCCUGCCGUGUUGUCCCCUUCCGCCUACAUUCCUCCACUUGCCUCUAUCUUGCCCUGCUUGCCCUGCUUGCCUUCUUGCCUGCUUGUCUACCUCUUCACCUAGCCAUACAUCUACUACUUCGUAUAACCCCUCGUCAAGCCUCUUUUCUCUUCUUGUCCGCCACCCUUCGUUCACCGACGAUUCCUUCGCCUCCGUCUCUUCCGCCACCGGCAAAACCUCCUUCAACUUUUAGCCACAGGCCAUAACUGACCGGCAGUAUACAUAGUCAUUCAUUCCUCUUGCGCAACUCGCGAGAGACACUGCUGCAACCUCGACACAUUCAUACCCAACUACUUUCACAAUGGCGCUGAAGCGUAUCAACAAGGAACUCACAGACCUGGGCCGGUACGUCACUCUCAAACCACGCCUUUGUUUACAUGACCCUCUCUGUAACAAC